CGUUUCCCCCAAAUUGUUGCACAGAUUUUUUGGCUCGGACUUGGGCGCCCCUCUGGCGGCGCCUCCGGCGCCGCCCCUGGCGCGCUUCGCGCGCCAGGGGAGGAGGGGGGGUCGAGCGCUGGCCGAAGAAAUCCGCGCGGACCUCUGAACGUUUAUGUUGAUACCAUGUUGUGCUCUUCUGUGAAUGGCCUCCACGGCGAGUCGGCGCAAUCUGUGGUUGAUCUACGGCGUCGUAGUGGCAGGCGAAAUUCUUGUGGACUUGGUCAACUCUUUGUUGGGCAGGAGGCCUGAGGGCCUCGUGUUCUGGAUCGUCGAUGGCAGCGAGUUAUGUUUGUCUCUGUUGCUGAUGUAUCUUCCACCGAAGACCUUGAAGUCAGAUGUGGUUCUGUCUGUAUGCUUCACGCUCCAGUUUCUGACGUACCUUGUAGACCCGCAGGGCUUCACGAUCGUUGCCAUGACGCUCGUAGGAAAAGUGUUUUUGUGCCACGCACUGGGCGUGCACUCCUUAGCCGUCAAUGUGUUCGCUUCCUGCUCAAUGCUAAUGUUCCUCACGUGCUUGCCUGUAAGGGGCGAGGAUGCAAUCCAAGCGAGCAUAUCGCUUAUAGUUGUGAUAUCGUUUGUGAUGACACUUUUCGAGUGGCUCCUUGCAUCGUCUUUUUUGCAACUAGGGGAGCACAUUGAUGCCUUGCAUAAUCUGCUCGACAACUCCGCAGAGGGCUGCUGCACAGUGAUGAGGCACACAGGAAUCGUGACGCAUGUCAGCAAACGUCUCCAGGAUGUGUUCGGGAGGGAGAUGUUGGGCGCAAACGUGUUGGACUUCGUCGACCUUAGCGACCAUGUGAGGGUUAGGGGUCUGUUUGAGUAUGGACAGUUGAACGUAACGGAACCAGUUUUGGCAACUUGUUUGCAACCGCGAUUGGUCGGCAGACUCGGAGCGUCGGAGUUCGACGCGCGGCUGGUGCCCUACCGAGUCACCGAGGCGGACGUGCAGAUCAGCUUCCAGAGGGUUGGCGAGGCGAGGAUGACCAGGGGGCGGGCCGUGGCACGAGCCGGAGCCAGGACCGGGGCCGAGGCGGCGGCCGAGGCCGAGAUCGGUGCUGGGUCUGGGGCUGCAGCGCAGCCAGCGGCCUGGGCCCCCUUUCCCAACGGCCCCUGCCAGGGGGGCCUGCCCCUGCUCGACUGCCCCUGCCCCCGGGGCGGGGCCGCCAGAGGCGGCGAGCAGCGGCGCUUCGGCCUGCAGGGCGGCGGCGGCGCCGACGGCCCCAGCAGCUCCACGGGCCCGCUGGCCGUGGACCCGCAGGGGGUCGCGUGCUCGCCGCUGGGCGCGGGCGACAGCCCAGCGGCGCAGGGGCGCAGGGCCUCCGGGCCCGCGCCGGGCGGCGCGCCCGACGCAGGCGACGACCUCAGGAUCGCCUUCGACCCCUGGCAGUCGGACGCGGACGCGUCGUCCUCUGCGUCGUCUUCCGCCGCGAACGACGUGGACCGCCAGCAGCACGUCGGCUCGGUGUCGGUGGUCGUGGACGUCUUCAGUGAGACGCUGAGAGUGAAUCAGAUGAUCCUCCACUUCUCGUCGGACAUUGGAGCAGCGGACGUCUCCACCCCUCGCCAGAGUUCUAUGACCACCCCCUGUCUUGCAGACUGGCUCCACGCAGACGAGUUGGAGUACACCCGCGAGUGGAUCGUCGAGAGCGCCAAGGCUGGGGCGUCCGAAACCCUGGCCAACGUGACGGGCCACGGGCCGAUCCGCUUCUAUUGCGGCCAGAGAACCUUCGUGGAGGCCGCGGAUGUUUCGGUGGAGCGGCUGGACAUCCGCAGCGAGCAUUGGCGUGCACAAGCCGGGGGCAAGUGCGGCGAGGAAGAGGAGGAUGAAGAGGAAGGAGAGCAAGAGGAUGGUGGAGACGAGACGGACGGCGACCACGAUUGUCUCUCCGAGGUUGACGGGAGUGAAGAACCAUUGAACUCUUUGAAUAUGUGUUUACGUCUGAAUGGAGUCACGAAGAUGUUCUGGCCGCCAUGGGCAGACAGCCUCGGUUACCGCAGCUUUGUGAAGCACGCGAUCAGGAGAUAUGGCGACCAGGUUGGCCUCAGCAAGCGUCGCUCUCUCAGGCCCAUAUCAGAGCACAAUCGCCGCUGUAAGUCAUAUGCAGUUGCCUGCGAAAUCAUCGCGUCGGAGAACCAGCCCGCAAGCCGAACAUGAGCUUCCGAGAGCGUCAGAUCCCCAUAUUGUGGCCUGCUUCUUGAGAUCGGCCUGGUGUACCCCGGCUGACCAAGCGUCGACCGAGAUUGCGGCAGCGGCUUGUUGCCUCUUCAGGGAACGCUCAUGCAUUGCUUCCCCGCCGCUGGUCGAGAGGUGGCCCGCACGUAACGGGGCGAGCCACCGUGACGAGGAUGAGCGUGCCAGCCUGGUGCCCGACAGAAGGCACGCUCGCGGCGUGGCCCUGCAGAAGACGCGCGCGGAGUCGGACAUGCCAUUCGGUGCUCGUCAAAUGUUCGGACGACGGCAGAGUUGGGCAUCCCAGCGGGGUCCGAUUGCGCGCACGGUGUAUCAAGUGUCUUGUUGGCAAUGUGUCUGGUCAGUUCCGACGCGUAUUUCUGGGAUAGCGUGUAGGUGCAUUGUUUAUGAGGCCACUUCGUGUUUUGUAUUGACGUUUCGUUUGUUGCGUUGGCACCCUCCUGGGCAACCCGAUCAGGGGCGCACACGGUCGUGGA